UCGCAAGUCAUUGAGAGUUGAGUAACGGUGAGCAGUAAAAAGUCUGUCCACUCUCCUGUAUAUAUUGGAGGUGAGGCGAGGGGUGACCAUCCUGACAACCCUGAAGACAAUGUUGCUGCUGCUCCUGACCACAAUAGCACUGAGCGCUGGCCUCACUGCUUCCCAAGACCUCCGUUAUGACGUCGGCUGCAAGAACAGCUACGCUCUCGGGGCGUACGGCAAGUGCCUGACGCUAGGCUGCUGCUCCGGCUCCGGCCAGGACUCCAGCCCCGCCCUCUGCACCGCCGGGGGCGCCACGGAGACCUGCUGCUACCGCGACGACGCCUGCGGCAGCGUCAACUGCAUCAAUGUGGCGGCGACUUGGGUGAGCCGCUACGCGUACAGUGCUGACUACAACUCGGUCUACACGGGCUUCACCACGCUCCGCCAGAAAGGCAUCAACCGAGUCUACUUCAACAUCUGGGCCGACGGAAACCUGUACGCCAACAGUGCCACAGCUCAGGCGAACGGCGUGACGAUGGCGGGGGACCGUCUGGCAACCGCUGUGAGUGUGGCGAAGGAGCUGGGCUUAGAGAUUUAUGCAUGGCUUGAGUACGGAACGCAGGCCUGCUACGGCAGCCUCAACGGAUUCGCUACGACAGCUGCGUCCAAAGGCUGGCUGUUGUGUCACGACCCUUCCAGCGGCUGCACAGACUACUUCGCCGGAAGUUACGCCUACCUUGACUUGGGAAAUAGCGGGGCAGUCGAUUUCCUGAAAAACAUGGUGGCCGACAUAGUGAGAGGUUACCCAGGUCUAGAUGGCUUCCAGUUUGAUGACCACUUUUCCCUCCCCAACGACUUCGCUUCGGUGAGCAGCAUGGCCCAGUCGACUCGCUACUCAAUCACAAGAAACGCCAUGAUCUCCAUUCGGGACGCCGCGCAGGCCGCCAGAUCCUCCGUCCACAUUUCCUUCGCACCGUCGCCCCUUGAUUUCGCCCGCUCCAACCAUAAUGUGGACUGGGCGAACUACCUCUAUGAUGGCGUCGUGAUGGAGGUCGUGCCGCAGUACUACCGCACCACGUACUCCUCCUUCAAGACGACGCUAGAUGCUGACUUGGCACGGGUGUCCAGAUACCAGAACGGCCUCGUGGCGGCCAUAAGGCUCUCAGGUUCAGGAGCCGACACGCCCUGGGCCGACGUGAACUCCAUGCUGGAAUAUUGUUACACCGUUAAGCUCCGCGGCGCCUCCUUCUGGUUCGCUGACGACAUAAUAAGCGACGCGUCCUGGAACCCUCCGGCAUUCAGAUUUUGCUAAGGCCACUUGGGAAAGAAAGCAGUAGUUGUAUCAUACUUUCAGCAUAUAAUAAAAGUGCACAGCAUGCAAGAGAA